GGCCCGCCAGGCACGGGCAAGACGCUCCUCGCCAAGGCAGUGGCCGGCUCGGCGGGUGUGCCCUUCCUCGCGUGCGCGGGUUCCGAGUUCGUCGAGGUCUUCGUCGGGCGCGGCGCGCGGCGCGUGCGCGGCGUCUUCGAGGCGGCGGCGCGCCUGGCGCCGUGCGUUCUCUUCAUCGACGAGAUCGAUGCGCUCGGCUCGAGGCGCAACGAGGGCGCCGGCGGCAACGAGGAGCACGACCACACGCUCAACCAGCUGCUCGCGCUGAUGGACGGCUUC